AUGGCGGAACUCUUCGAACCGCGACUCCGAGGUCGUCUGUGCAGCCUGCCGGAGAUCUUCGUGUCGGCGGGGCUGCUGGCGGUGUACGUCCUGGCACAUAACUUGUCGUGGCAGGUCGUGACGUGUCUCUGCGCGGCUCCUCUGCUGCCGUUGUUCUUUCUGACGAUGCUGGUGCCCGAGUCCCCCUUUUGGCUGGUGCGUCAUGGUCGUUUGCAAGAAGCGGAGGCAGCUCUCCACACCCUCAGGGGUUUUAAGCGAUCUGUCAGGGCAGAGGAACUACCUAAUAUCCGCAAUUCUAUUCAAGAAUAUCCUCAGACUACCAUCUUCGAGCAGAUGAAACAGCUCGGCGCGGUUCAUCACUACAGGCCGCUGGCGCUCCUCCUGGGCAUUUUCAUUCUAAGAGAACUCGGAGGACAAUACGCCGUCUUUUCGUACACGCUGUAUCUCUUCAACCGAACUGGAGUCAGCCUGGAUUCGUACACUUGCGCCGUUCUGGUUGGAGUCGUUCGUCUCGUUUCGACGAUCAUCUCGUCCUCCCUGCUAGACCGUGUGGGUCGCCGCCCUUGUCUCAUCGGCGCCUGCUUGACGUGCGCCAUUGCUGCGGGCGUGGGAGGCACUUUCGUUCUUCUCGAAGAGGUGGCUGGUAGUGCCACUUGGGUGCCACUGGCCUCGGUUCUGGUAUUCGUGUCGGCCUAUGGGCUUGGCAUUGGCCCUGUGCCCUGGGUACUGCUGGGAGAAUUACUUCCAACACCCGUGCGUUCUCUCGGCGCCUCCAUCUGCACCUUCAGUUACGCCGUCAUGCAGUUCGGGGUAGGCUACGUUUUCCCGGAACUCCUGUUAGCCGUAGGAGUAGGAGGAGCCCUGCUGGUUUUCGGGGCGGUUAAGAUGAUCCUGACGGUUGUCCUGUGGCUAUUCCUGCCGGAGACGCGAGGACAGUCCCUCCACGAGCUGCAGGAUGCGUUCAACCCAGAUCCUCCCGACCGCCCCCUCGUGGACGUCGCUACGAACCAUAUCAUUGUUGAUGACGUCACGAGUUCAACCGGGGAGCUGGAGGACUAA